AUGAAAGGCAAAUGGUCAAUGGCUUUAGCGUCAAAGGCACUAAUUGAGAAAUUGCGAGAAAGAAUGAGGAAAUUAUUACCGAAAGAAGCCAAGCCUCAACUGAGCUGCAGCAGAAUGACUAUGUUGACGCCGAAGAUUUCCGAUGUCGCGCAGGAUGCCCGUAUAUCAUGGGAAUUUCGCACUACUGGAUCACGUAAACUUUACCGGAAUCAAUUUAUUUUUGACAAACGAUUGAUCCUAUAUGCGUUACGUGAGAAAUUUCGUUUUCAGCUCACAGGGAGCGCCCUUUCAAUGGACCACAGAUCGGUCCGGCUACAACUACGGGACCUGUCAAAUGAGAUUUUCUCUGUACCAAUGUGUGUGCUCAAGUAUUCCGGUACAUUCGAAUACCAGUACAUGGUUGUAGCAAAUGGAAAUGGUCCAUGUCGAGAAGCUGCUCUACUUGUAAGGAAUGUGGACAAGUUCUUCGACGAAGACAACCCUGAACUUGUAUCAUUUCUGAAACAGAAAAUUGCCAAUGAUGAAAUGGACACUAUGGACAUAGCACCAUUUGCAAGUGAAUGUUCACAAAGCUGA